AUGUUCAAAGCGCGACCAAGCAACAGUCGUGCCCCCAUACUAAUCACAAAAUUUCACACCGCUUAACAAUAUGGCUGCUAGGAAUUUAACCAAAGCUUGUAUUGCUUUAAUUUUCAAUAAAGUUCACUGUUCUUCAAACGGAGGUAGGGAUAAUGGGUUUGGGAACAACUAUGUAUGGGCUGGAUCACUGGAAUCGGGAAUGCAAAUCGCAGUCAACCAUAAAAAGCCUGUAAUGGUCAUAAUUCAUAAAUCUUGGUGUUCCGCAUGCAAGAAUCUCAAGCCAAAGUUCGCUAAUUCGAGCGAGAUUCAGUCGCUGAGUCAACAUUUCGUGAUGGUGAAUCUGCUCGAUGAAGAAGAACCAAAGAACAAUAAAUUCGCCCCUGAUGGAACUUAUAUUCCGAGAAUACUCUUCAUAUCGCCGAAGGGUGCCAUCGACCAUGACAUUUACAAUGAGGAGGGGAGCAGCCAGCACAAAUACUUCUACAGUAGGCCGGAACAAAUUGCGAAAGCGAUGAGGAAGGUGAUCGACAAAUACAAGAACGAGCAAUUCGAUGUAUGACGAUGUUUAUGACCACGCGAAAUUUUAAAUAAUGCGACAGGCGUCUUUCGGAAGAACUAUUUACAUCCGAAAAGACGAUAUUUUUUGAAGCUAUACUAAUAAAAUCUGUAUGCCACUA